AUGGAAACUUUUGUCAAUGAGACCUGGUUUGGCAAAUCGCUCAACGCGGAUGACGACAACUUCCUGAUGUGCUGGAUGGUCACUCACAGAAUCAAAACCUACUUUCAAUCCCAUCCCGAUGCCGAGGUUCUCACGACACUAGAGGAGAGCUCGAAGUUCCUCAAACAAUAUCUUCAAAAGCUGACUUUUAUCCCAGGAGGCAUCCAUGGAGCACUUAUGCAGUGUUUCUCACAAUCAUAUCGCAAUUAGCUCUCUUAACUGACACCUGCCUAAUCUGGUUAUGUCACACAAUGAUCAUGUCGAAUCCAACAUUACACACUUGGUGGUUGGGAGUGCUUCUUAUUUGGAUGAUUUUCACCAAGUUCAUCAAGCUUUCUGGCCACUAUCGCCGGCAAUCAUUAGAUUGCCUCUUAUUCCCAGUCUCGGCCCUCUUCGGUUAUGUUCAUUGCUUCAUCAAGAUGACGCGUGGGGAAAUCGCGAGGCUUUCAGUUUGCCCAAACCAAUGACAAUCGCCAAAGGUGAUUAGUAACUGCAUGGCUCCUAUUUUUGUAUGCCUGGGCGCGCUACCAUGGAUCACGUGCAUCCUCGUUCUAACUUAAUCGCGACAAACGUUCCUUCUGGAACAGAUAUUCAACAAAUUUACUGAUGCGGUUGAAUUGUAUCUAGACAGAUUUCAAAACACAAUAAAUUAUAUAAUAUUUGUAAUAUUUUGCCAACAGAAAUCUGAAGCCCUGUCGUCCAGCAGCCCAUUACGUGUUGGCAUCGAUGGACAAUCUUGCCAUAAGGCAUUGGCAUAUAUUGUCUUCGACGGGACACUCUUCAGCAAGAGGCUCUUCGAUAGGGACAGUCUUCAACAGAAGUCUUAUUCGGCCAAAUGUUUCUUCCUCGGCUUUUUGAAUACUUGCGUUUGCUCAGUGAAAGAGCUGGUAGGGGUAACACCUGCUGAGUCAUUAUAGCCUAGCUGGCUUGACUGACUGUUGUCCUCUUCCAGGGGUACCGAUUCAGUGUUGGAUUGUUGGGAGAAGUCAAGUUCAGAUUGCGAUAUAUCAAACUCCAUGUUAGGGGGAAUCUGAUCAAUCGCUGAGCAGAUUCUUUUUAGAUGAGUUGGCAUCCAUAUGU